AUGGAUGUGCCGGAGACGCGGCUGCGGGUGGAGGGUGGGCGUGUGGGCGUGGGUGGCGAGUGGGAGGUGAGUGAGGGUGACUCUCUCAUCUUCCUGUGUGACGUACAUGCUGAUCCUCCCGCCUACAACAUCACCUGGCUCCUUAACGGUCGCGUGGUGGGCGUGGGCGGGCGGCGGUGGAUGCGGGACAACGCCUCGCUGGUGGUGUCACCGGUAGAGAGAAGUGAUGCUGGUCUCUACACCUGCCUGGCAUCCAACAGAGAAGGUGAUGGACACUCCAACGCUAUCCUCGUCAGAGUCACACAUGCCCCGUACUGCGCCGGUCCCUCGGAACAGAGCUUGGUAGUGGCGAGCAACACCUCCGUCACACUUACCUGUCGCGUGGAGGCUGUACCUCGCGACCUCAAGUUCACCUGGAAGAUGGGGUCACCCGUGGCAGUUCUCAAGGGGAAGGGGGAACCCCCGCCUCCAAGACACAGUGGGGACCUGCCCUCCACCAGCCUGUCCUCACCACCUGUGGGCGGCGGUCCAUCCUCCAUGCACGCUCACACGCCACGCCCACAGAUGCCCCUGGGCACCUACCCUCCACGAUUGGAACAGGUGCAAGUCUCCAAGAAUGUUGUAAGAGUGGCCGCGUCUGUGCAGGUGGCAGCAGCGUCACCUUCUGCGGUGGCGGCGUCACCCUCAGAGGCAGCGUCACUUUCAGAGGCAGCGCCACCUACGGAGGCCGCCUGGAGGAAGCUGGGGAAGGAUUCCUGGGAGGUGAGAGGAUCCAUGGAGGAUGGAGAAGAGAGGGAGGUGGAAGGACGUGUGGACGGCGGUCACCCUGACCGCUCCUCCCUCACCCUCACGCCCGCAGCCUCCAUCCUCGUGGGAUGCUACGCCCGUAACAGUGUCGGACACAUCAGGAUCCCCUGCACCUAUUCUAUCACCGUGCUGUGUCAGCAGACUGUUCACCUAGCUGUGCAGCAGACUGUUCACCAGCUGUGUCAGCAGACUGUUCACCCAGCUGUGUCAGCAGACUGUUCACCUAGCGUGUCAGCAGACUGUUCAACCAGCUGUGUCAACAGACUGUUCACCCAGCUGUGUCAGCAGACUGUUCACCUAGCUGUGUCAGCAGACUGUUCACCUAGCAGUGUCAGCAGACUGUUCAACCAGCUGUGUCAGCAGACUGUUCACCCAGCUGUGUCAGCAGACUGUUCACCUAGCUGUGUCAGCAGACUGUUCACUAGCAUGUCAGCAGACUGUUCACCUGCUGUGUCACAGACUGUUCCUAGCAGUGUCAGCAGACUGUUCAACCAGCUGUGUCAGCAGACUGUUCACCUAGCUGUGUCAGCAGACUGUUCACCUAGCUAUGUCAGCAGACUGUUCACCUAG